GACAGGGUUCUAUGCGAGGAGCUAUUAUUUUGAAAUAUGUAACCACGGCUUCCUGUUAUCGUGCCUAACUUGACGCCUGAACCGUGAUGACUGAACGCCCCACUUCUCUGGUGUCGUCGUUAGGAUACAGCGGGACGGAGGCACAUCCCAGGCCAAACACGGCUGAAACAAAUUCACAGUUUUAAGGUGGAUUAAUUUUAUUCUUCUGUCUCCGAGACUAAUCGGCUCUUUAUAUCCACAGAGCUUCUGACAGGAGAAUGGACCUGCUGCCUGAUGUGUGGAGGCAGGACUACUGGCUCCCUCCAGGUGUGACCUGGAAAGACAUGGAAGAGCUGGCAGAUUCCGAUCGACCAAAACCUCUGGACCUCCUCGUGGCUCUGCCCCUAGCACUGGGCUUCGUCGCCCUACGCUACGUGUUUGAGAGGUUCUUUGCCCCACCCAUGGGCAGAUGUUUGGGGGUGAAGAAUAGAUUGCAAGUGACUGCUGCCCCCUCCCUAAAGCUGGAGUCAUUUUACACACAGAGGAGCAGACAGCCGACACAAAGUGAAAUUGUGAGUUUGAUGUCUCUCUGCGGCAAAACCCAGAGGCAGAUUGAGACCUGGUUCCGUCGUCGCAGGAACCAAGACCGGCCAUGUCAAACCAAGAAGUUUGGCGAGGCUGCUUGGAGGUUCUUUUUCUACCUCACGGCCUUCGUGGCUGGAUUGGCCUGCUUGAUUGAUACACCCUGGUUCUGGGACCGCAAGGAAUGUUGGAGGCAGUAUCCAGUACAGCCCAUGGAGAGAGCUCAUUACUGGUACUACAUGCUGGAGCUGGGUUUUUAUGGCUCUCUGCUGCUCCGGAUCUCUGUUGAUGUCAAGAGGAAGGAUUUUAAAGAACAGGUGAUCCACCAUUUGGCCACCAUCUUCCUGCUCAGUUUCUCCUACUGUGCCAACUACAUUCGCAUUGGCACUUUGGUCAUGCUGCUUCACGAUUCCUCUGACAUCCUACUUGAGUCUGCCAAGAUGUUCAACUACGGCACAGGCUGGAGGAAGACAUGUGAUGCACUGUUUGUUGUGUUCGCUGUGGUCUUCCUUGUGACUCGACUGGUGAUUUUCCCCAGCAAAAUCAUCCACACCACCCUGGUGCUGUCAAUGGAGGUCUUUGAGCCCUUCCCUGGCUACUACUUUUUUAACAUCCUGCUGAUGGUGCUGCAGGCUCUGCACAUCUUCUGGGCCGGCUUAAUCUUACGUAUGGUCUACAAGUUCCUGAAAGGCAAGCUGGAGAAAGAUGAACGCAGUGAUGAGGAGAGUGAGGUUGAAGAAGAAGAGGAGGACAAAGGAGGGGAGGAAAAUGCAGAUCAAGAUUAUUGUUGGGAGAGAAGUAAAGACACCCUGAACUCUAAACUGUCUAUGUUGACCAACAGUUGUGUCCUAAAUAACCUGACCAACCACAGGGCGUCUGUAGCUGACAGGAUGCGUAAAGCUCAGUAGGGAUGUGAUGUUUUUCUAUCUCAAGGUUGAAACAGCCACAAGGUUUAUAUAUCAAAUGAUGUAAGAUGGAUGUGAUUCAUCAUCCUCCACACUACAAGUCCCUCAGGCUGUUGGGACUGUGAUUCACUUUUAAUUGAGAGUGUCUUUAGACAAGUAACUAAGUCCAGUGACUAAGUCAGUGGAUGGUUUUGAUCCAGCAGCCAACACAUUUCUGCUGCACCACUGCACUACACAUCACAGAUAGAGACUGAGACCUACAAUCCCUGGCUUAGGAGGCUAGUGCUUUAUACAUAAGGCCUCUGGGGCUGCUGAAGCUGCUGGGGAGCCACUGUGCACAAGUCAGUGUUCAGAAGUAGUAACACUGAUAUUCUGAUCCUUUUUAAUUCACUUUUAAAUGGACAACAACAGUAGUCUUUGUGUGAAUGAGGGAAUGAUGAAAGUGUGAAGUGCCUACUGAUGUUCACUGUAGCUGACUCUACAGACUGUUUUUUUACACUAUUUUUCACCCAGCAAGGUUAUGAAGCAGAUAUAACAAACAAAAAUGAUUGUAACAAAGAAAUAACAAAAAACUAAAGUUGUAGUUUACUGAAGUGCCAGCUGAGACAGAAAUAUUUGUUUAAUGUUGUAUAAUAAUGAAAUUGCUCCAUAACAUGGAGUACACAUUUAAAUGCUGGUAAUAAAGUCAUCAUUUCAAUCUUUCUAA